GCUGCAGCGGCGCGAGCGAGGCGGGGCGGACUUCGCGGACUGAGGGCCGGCCGUCGGAGCGGCCAGGAGGAGGGUCUCGCUCUGCCGGGGUCGGGGUGGGGUCGACCGGACGAGAGCAAGUGGGAGCUGCGGGUGUGGGUACCGCGCAGGCGCAGGCCGCCGGAUCCCGGAGCGCGCGCGCAGGAGGGCGGCAGGUGUGCCGGGGCAUCCGUGGCGUGGCCCAGGAGGCGGGGGCGCGCCGCACCUGUCCGGGGGCGGGGCCCACGCAGACCACGCCUCCAUCAGGCUCCGCGGGAGGGCCGUGGAACGUGGGGACGGCUCCCUGGGGGUGAUGGGCGCGCCCUCCAGUUGGGGUGCAGUGGAGGGAGCACGCAGCCCUGCCCCGGGUCGCGGUUCCCAUGGCAACCAGAAGGGGGCUGGCGGCCCUGGGAGAGGAGGCCGUGGCGGGGAUGAGCGGUAGGGGUUCGAGACCCGUGCCGGGAGCCCCGUGCUCCGGUCAGGACAAAUGAGCCCCGAAGGCGCAGGGCUCCAGCGCUGGCCGUGGUCCGAGUCACAGUGAGAGCUCAGGCGGGUUCCCAGUGAGCCUGCAGAAUGUGGGGCUCCCCGGGGCUGCUGCUGACCCUCGCGCUGCACCCGGCGCUCGCCGUGGCCCCGGCCCGGGACUACUGCGUGCUGGGCGCCGGGCCCGCGGGCCUGCAGAUGGCUUACUUCCUGCAGCGGGCCGGCAGGGACUACACGGUGCUCGAGCGCGCCCCGGGCCCGGGCAGCUUCUUCGCGCGCUACCCGCGGCACCGCAAGCUCAUCAGCAUCAACAAGCGCUACACGGGCAGGAGCAACGCCGAGUUCAACCUCCGCCACGACUGGAACUCCCUGCUCAGCCACGACCCGCGGCUGCUCUUCAAGCACUACUCGGCCGCCUACUUCCCCGACGCCGGCGACAUGCAGCGCUACCUGGGCGACUUCGCGGGCAGGCUGGGGCUCCGCGUGCAGUACAACACGACCGUCCUGCACGUCGCCCUGGACAAGGACCGGCGGGCCUGGAACGGCCACUACUUUGUCCUGACUGACCACAAGGGCCGGGUGUACCGGUGCAGAGUCCUUCUCGUAGCCACCGGGCUGUCCGUCCCCAACCGCGUUGACUUCCCCGGCUCUGAGCACCUGGAGGGUUACGAGUCGGUGUCGGUGGACCCCGAGGACUUCGUGGGCCAGAACGUGCUGAUCCUGGGCCGUGGGAACGCGGCCUUCGAGACCGCCGAGAACAUCCUGGGCGUCACCAACUUCAUCCACAUGCUGAGCCGCUCCCGCGUGCGGCUCUCCUGGGCCACGCACUACGUGGGGGACCUCAGAGCCAUCAACAACGGCCUGCUAGACACCUACCAGCUCAAGUCCCUGGAUGGGCUGCUGGAGUCGGACCUGACGGACCUAGCCAUCCUGAAGGACCGCGAGGGCAAGUUCCACGUGACCCUGAAGUUCUUCGUGGAGGAAGCCGGCACCAACCAGAGCGCCGACGCCGUCACCCUCCCCCAGGACGACAGCGACAACUUUGCCAUGCGGGUGGCCUACGACCGGGUCAUCCGCUGCCUGGGCUGGAACUUCGACUUCUCCAUUUUCAACGAGUCCCUGAGACUGUCCUCGGGGAGCGAGUUCAGCAGGAAGUACCCCCUGAUCAGAGCCAGCUAUGAGGCCAAAGGCAGCCGGGGUCUCUUCGUCCUGGGCACCGCCAGCCACUCGGUAGACUACCGGAAGUCGGCGGGGGGCUUCAUCCACGGAUUCCGGUACACAGUGCGCGCCGUGCACCGGCUCCUGGAGCAGCGCCACCACGGGGUCGCCUGGCCUGCCACCCAGCACCCCAUCACGCAGCUGACCAGCUCCGUGCUCCGGCGCGUGAACGAGGCAUCGGGGCUGUACCAGAUGUUCGGGGUGCUGGCUGACGUCAUCCUGGUGCAGGAGAACGCCACGGCGUUUGAGUACCUGGAGGAGUUCCCCACACAGAUGCUGGCCCAGCUGGAGAGCCUGACGGGCAGGCGGGCGCGGCACGGGCUCUUCGUGGUCCACAUGGAGUACGGCAGGAACUUCUCUGGCCCCGAGAAGGACGUGUUCUUCUACGACCGCUCCGUGGGGCACACGGAGGACGCCUGGCAGUCCAACUUCCUCCACCCCGUCAUCUACUACUACCGGCACCUCCCCACUGAGCAGGAGGUGAGGUUCCGCCCUGCGCAGUGGCCCCUGCCGCGGCCCACAGCCAUCCACCACAUCGUGGAGGACUUCCUGACCGACUGGACCGCCCCCGUCGGCCACGUGCUGCCUCUCAGGCGCUUCCUGGAGAACUGCUUGGGCACGGAUCUGCGAAGCUUCUAUGCAGAGUCCUGUUUCCUGUUCGCCCUAACGCGCCAGAAGCUGCCCCCCUUCUGCCGGCAGGGGUACUUGAGAAAGCAGGGGCUCGCGAGCACCGAGAGCCUCCGGCGGCACGGAGUGGAGAGCGGGCUGAUGCAGGACCACGCGGCCGCCGGCCAGCACCUGAGGGACCGCGGACAGCAGCCCGGCGACCGCGGGCCAGUAGGUCACCCCCCAGCUGCAGGGACGCUGGCCCAGUCCCUCAACAGCGACAAGGAGGAGCUCUGACUGUCCCCCCCUGGCCCUGGGCGCGGCGGCCACACCCACAGUCAACCCUCUCUCCCUGCAGCUUCCCGCGCCGCCCACCGAGGUGUGAUUGCUGACGACCACGCCCACCUUGAAGACCACGCCCACCUCGCUGCACCUGCACCAAGCAGCCUGCAGGGCUGAGAUGUGGCCGUGCACCUGGCUCCCCUCCUCAGAAGGGUUCCCGGCAGGCAAUUGAACCAGGGCUCCACUCUCCAAGACGGCCAUCACUGGCAGACGGCCUUGUUGCCCCCGACGCCUGCCGCAGACGCGGCUCUGAGGUGCCAGGAGUGCCUGCCGGGUCACCCGCUUUCCGCUCACUGCCUCGCCCUCCUGAAAUCUGUGGUCUCAGCAGGGCCUGCCCUUAGCUACGGCACCCGGGGGCAGCGCAGCUGUCAUGGGGUGGGCAUGGGAUAGCUCCCUGCAAGGCCACCUCCACCCAGCACCGUUCUCCCUGAGCUGCGAGCUCGGAGCUGCACCCCCGCCUCCCCCAGCCUCUGCGGCUCCUCCGGCAUCCUGCUCCCCACCCUUUCCCCACACUCUGCCGUCCCAAGCCAGGCCUUGCCCCCAGCCCUCCCUGUCCAGCGCCGUGAGCGGCUCUCCUGCUGCCUUUCCCAGUGAGCGCCCUGUGUGCUGGCCGGGCGAGGAGUCACUGGCUGGUGUUUUUGUACCAUUUCGAUGGUGAACUUGGACCUGGUGCCCUUGGCUGCCCCGCCCCUACUUGUGCCGUCUUGCAGCAGGCGUCUCAGUCUCGUUUGUGCGUUUGCGCACUGAACGGUCGGGGUCACGGUGACCUCCCAGAGCCGCCUCUGGGUCUCCCUAGCGCUUCCUGUGUGCACUGGGAAUUCCAGGGUCUCGGGCAGGCCCUCCAGCUCCCAAGAUCCAUCCUGGGGACAUCCCCUCCACUUCCUCCUCACGCCCCAGGCCCCACACCCCGCCCUCAGCAGCCUCUCCCCGCAGCCGUUGUCUGCGGCACCUCCAGACCUGGGUAAGGUGCGCAGGGCUGCGGCUCCCUCCAGGAUCCCCGCACCAGGUGCACCUUGUAGGGAAACAAAUUGUAUCCAAAUUGUAUCCUGUUAUGCCCCACCGCACACACACACUUUUCCAAAGCAUCUCCUAGUGAGGCCUCUGCCCACCACUUCAAGUCCUCCAACCUGGCGGCUGAAGGCUGGCCGAGCUGGCCGAGACCCCGUGGUUUACGAUGCCUGCGCGGGUGGUCCUGCCGCCCUUGGCCUCCUCUGCCAAGCCCCGGUCCCAUUGGGUCCCAGCCUGGUGUGGAGAAAAGACCUGACCCCGACCUUGAUCCGUGAGUCGGACCCCGGCCCCGUUCCUCUGUGUGUAAACUAAUAGGCGGUGUCUAAGAACUCCCUGUUCCCGUGAAGGUCACUGCCGCGUUAGCCAAGUUCCCACCAAGGCCGUCCCUCCGGGCAGCCUCCCUCCCUGUUUUUCUGCCCUGACCUCCAGUGCCUGGGGCUUUGAGCCGCCUCCUGCUGUGCUGAUUCUGUUCCCUGGGCAGCGUUAGUGCCUCCCCUCCUCUGCCAAGCCUGGGCUGGCCCUGAGCAUCGAGCACCGCUCAUUCCCCGAGGCUGGACCUGACAGAGGCCCGACUUCAGUCAUUCCUCCUCCCCUCAGCUUUGCGGAGUUUCUGGUGCAAGACAGACAGGCUGCACGCUGGAGGGAUGGUGGUCCAGAAGUAGGGCCUCCCCUGGGCCUUUCCCAAGUGACCAACAGUGGGAAGGACUGGCAGGAAGGUGCUGUGAGAUUGCACCGUGCGCAAAGAAGCUGGGAAAAGAGAAGCAUCAUUUUGGACACUGUUCCAGGCCACAGAAUGAACUCUCGGAAGUCAUUGGAAGCCACAUGGACGCCGAGGCUGAGGAGGGGCCCCGGAGCCCAAGGGAGGACUUGGCAAGCUUCCACACACCUACUGUGUGCCUACUGUACUGGGUGCAGGCUUAGCCUUUACGGGUGUGCCCACCUGCCCCGACGUAAUUAGCGUGACUGAUGGGAUGAUUUCAGUGAAGAUGAUGGCUUCAAACCCGCGCGGAUGAAAGAACUGAUCACGCAGAGUGGCUGAGCUGGCUAAGCUGCCCCUGGGGUGUCUCGUCUGGUGUCGGAGGGCCUGGGAGGCAGCCCCGCCUCUGCUUCUGCUCCGGCUUCCUGCUGUGCUCACCCUGGGGGGCGGCAUGUGAUGGCUCAAGGCCUCGGGCCCCUCCACUCAAGAGGAGACCCGGAUGGAGUUCCUGGCUCCCGGCUUCAGCAUUUGAGGAGCGAGCCAGCGGAUGGAAGACUCUCUCUCUCACUUCGCCUUUCAGAUACGUGUAAAUAAAUAAAUGGAACUUAUGACGUGCAGGUGCUUUUUUAAGAACUGCAGAUGGUAAGUGAAGAACAGCUGUCCCUGAUGGACUGGGGCUGCAUGUGGGGGAAACUUACCUGAAAGCAGGAUACGAAAUCGUUCUCACCACUACUUGGACUAACUGCAGCUGUGUGAAAACAGGAACCCGGGACCGGCACUGUGGCGUGGCGGGUAAAGCCGCUGCCUGCAGUGCCCGCAUCCCAUAUGGUCCCAGCUGCUCCACUUCCCAUCCAGCUCUCUGCUAUGGCCUGGGAAAGCAGUAGAGGAUGCCCCAAGUCCUUGGGCCCCUGCACCCACGUGGGAGACCCGGAAGAAGCUCCUGGCUUCGGAUCGGCACAGCUCCAGCUGUUGCAGCAAAUUGGGGAGUGAACCAGCAGAUGGAAGACCUUUCUCUCUGCCUCUGCCUCUCUGUAACUCUUUCAAAUAAAUAAAUAAAUCUUUAAAGGAAAAAAAAUAGGAAACAAACCAUAUUCAGGGAAAACUGGAAAUGUCACAAAAUAUCCACAGUGGUUAUGUUUGUUUCAUUUGAAUCAUCUUGUUGAAAUCUGGUUAUUCUGUAUGGUACAAUAAAUACAUUUACUUUUUAAACAUAA